AUUCUCUUUUUUUUCUUCUUCUUUCUUCUCGAGCUCCGCAUUUACUACCAGAAAAACAGUAGUUUAAUGGCGGAUAAACCAUCAUAACACAGAAGAAAAUUUUCAAUCUUUUUCCUUAAUUAAAUUUUUAGAUUUUCACGAUUUACCUUUUACAAAGUUGUCGUCUUCUUUUUCUUUUGACACAGAUACGGUUUACAUUGAAAAUAUAUAAUCAAUCCUCCUCCUUUUUUUCUCUCCCUUUUCAUCUAGAUUCAAAGCUUCUCUUCCCAUAAAAAUCCAAUCUUUUUAUUUUUAAAACAUAUUUUCCGUUUUGAUUUCGCCUGGGUUUGAUUAAAAUGUCUUGAAUUGAUAAAGGGUUUUGAAGAUCUAAUCGAGAGGAGGUCUGGGUUUUGAGAAAUUUUGAGGAGGAUCUUAAUAAGAAAACAUGGGGGGAACUAGUAAAUGGUGGAAAGUUAAGGUUGCUUUUGGAUUUACUUUAUGUCUUAGACCACCAAAAACAAUAGAGGGGGGAAAUUCUUCACCAUCAUCAUCUUCUAUCGAUGUUACUUCUACUACUACAACAACUAAUACUUCAAGGAGAUUGUCACAUGCUACUACUCCUACUCGUCAAUCGAAUCAACUUCUUACUCAACCAGGUCGAAGUUCAGAUGUUCAAAACGUUUCCAAACCUCCUUCUGGUAGUCCUCGUUUGGUUAAAUCUGUCAGCAGAUCUUCAAAGAAGACUUGUGCAAUAUGCCUAGGCACCAUGAAGCUAGGACAUGGGCAUGCGCUAUUCACCGCAGAAUGUUCACAUUCCUUUCAUUUCCACUGUAUUGCAUCAAAUGUGAAGCAUGGAAACCAAGUCUGUCCAGUUUGUAGAGCGAAAUGGAAGGAUAUUCCUUUCCAGGGUCCUACUUCAGAUCUCUCCCAUGGAAGAGCAAGGAUCAGUCCAGUAGAUUGGCUCCAAGAAGAUGGAACAGCAGCCAUAUUAGCCCGACCUAUUCGUUCGGCUUCUAAUCGGCAUACUUAUCGUCAGUCUUCUGAGCCGGAUAUCUUCAAUGAUGACGACCCAAUAGAUGUUCAACCUGAGGUGGAAGCUACUAGCAUCGCUAACAGAAAUGAGGAUAUUGAGAACAGUUCGACUAGGUCAAUAGCUAUGAAAACAUUUCCGGAACUGUCUGCUGUUCAACGAUCGAUUACCCGACUGAAUUUCUCUGUUCUCCUCAAUCUCAAAGCCCAUGUUACAAGCUCACAACUAGCUCCUGGUUGUAAUCAGGCUACCUCAGAUGUGUCUCAAGCUUCACGGGCUCCAGUUGACCUUGUGACGAUCCUUGAUAUAAGCGGUAGCAUGAUGGGGACUAAGCUUGUGCUGUUAAAACAAGCAAUGGGGUUUGUGAUACAGAACUUAGGCCCCUCUGAUCGAUUGUCCGUUGUUGCUUUCUCUUCCACUGCCCACCGCCUUUUUCCGCUUCGUAGAAUGACUGAUUCUGGAAGACAACAUGCUCUACAGGCCGUCAACUCUUUAUAUGCUAAUGGUGGUACAAACAUCUUAGAAGGAUUGAAGAAGGGUGCAAAGGUAAUGGAAGAUCGUAGAGAGAAAAAUCCCGUCUGCAGUAUUAUAUUAUUGUCUGAUGGGCAAGAUUCUUACACAGACAGAGGCCAGCUUCCAGCAGACUUCCAGUCCCGCCUGCCAUUUGCAAACCGUGAUGGUGGCAACCCUGGAUUGUUGCAGAUUCCAGUACAUGCAUUUGGGUUUGGUGCUGACCAUGAUCCAGUUAUGUUGCACUCAAUCUCAGAGACCUCUGGGGGCACAUUUUCUUUUAUCGAAGCGGAGGGUGUGAUUCAAGAUGCAUUUGCUCAGUGCAUUGGUGGACUCCUCAGUGUGGUUGUGCAGGACCUGCAAGUUCGGAUAGAGUCUAUCCACCCAGACAUAUGUCUAGGGCCACUGAAAGCAGGCAGCUACGCCACUCGUGUGAUAAAUAAUGGCAGAACAGGAUUCAUUGACGUCGGAGAUUUGUAUGCAGAUGAAGAGAGGGACUUUCUAGUAUCUUUAAAUGUGCCUGCUGGUGAUUCAAGUAAUGAGACAAAGUUGAUUAAUGUACAGUGUGUUUACAAAGACCCUUUCUCAAAAGAAACCAUGUCUACAAAUAACAUGGAAGUGAUUGUUCAAAGGCCUGAGAUUGUGAAAGAAGUUGUUGUGUCAAUUGAAGUGGACAGGCAAAGGAAUAGGCUACAAGCUGCUGAAGCAAUGGCAGAUUCACGCUCAGCUGCAGAAAGAGGUGAUUUGGCCAGUGCUGUUUGUAUACUCGAGAGUUGUCGAAAAGGGUUACUGGAUACAGCCUCUGCGCGAUCUGGUGACCAGUUAUGUGUAUCUUUGAAUGCGGAGCUCAGAGAAAUGCAAGAGAGGAUGGCAAGCCGGCAAAAGUAUGAGGAAUCAGGUAGAGCUUAUGUUUUGUCUGGAAUGAGCUCCCAUUCAUGGCAAAGGGCGACAGCACGUGGAGAUUCUACAGAGAUGACAACUCUGGUUCAUGCUUACCAGACACCGAACAUGGUUAACAUGCUUACCCGAUCUCAAACGAUGACAAUAAUCCCCGACUCUUUGUCUCCACCAACUGCUCGUGCACCUAGAUCAUUUACUGAAAAGAUGAUGCCAAGGUAGUCUAAUAAUUACUCUAGAAAAGCUUCGGAAAAAAGAAGAUAAUUGUGGGCGGAUCUAUAUAGAUUUAGUGAGUAAGAUAGUAAUUUUGGGUUGGGGUUAAAUAUAAAGUGUACCUCUUUGAUUCUUUUGAAUAAUUUUGAUUGUUUCCACAUCUUUCUACCUGUCUCUCAUGAAAUGAGACUGGAAACAGAUUCAGAAAUUAGAUGCUAUUGCUUAA